AACGAAUGAAUGCAUGGGAGAGAAGAAAAAUCAAAAAUCAAACCCUACCCAAAAAAAAAAUAUGGAGAGCACAAGGGCCGAAGAAGAAGAAGAAGGUAGCAACUAGUUAGUUAGGAAGCAUCAAUCAAUCGGCCAUCUGACCCCGAGGAGGAGGAGAAACCUUUCUUCCCCGAUCCUCUUUCUCCUCCCUCUAAUAAUCAAUCUAUCCCCCCCGGCCUCUGCUGCCGCUGCUGUCCGCUUCUCCUAAGAAGAAAAGAAGAAGAAGAAGAAGAAGAAGAAUUCAAUGGGGGGAAACGAUAAACAAAUGAGAAUGCAAGCUUCCUCCAACAGCGUCGAUCCUCCUCCUUCUUCUAGACCCCCCACCAGGAGAAGGCUAUACCAAGUCUGGAAAGGUCGCAAUAAAUUCUUACUUGGUGGAAGGUUGGUCUUUGGGCCUGACGCUGGCUCAUUGUUCCUAACGACAGCUCUAAUUGGGGGACCAGCGUUGAUAUUCUGCUUGAGAAUGCUUAUCAGAAUAAAUGAUACUGAUCAUUGUUAUGGCUACUGGGUGCUCUACGUAGGACUCUUCCUCACAUUUCUGGAUUUGACAUUCCUAUACAUGACAUCCGGAAGAAAUCCCGGAAUUGUGGCGAGAAACUCCAGACCGCCUGAACCAGACGAACUCGACAUAAACAGUACCACUGCCUCCAUGGAAUGGGUCAAAACCGGCGCAUCCAGCUUGAAAAUACCCAGAACCAAGGACGUCAUUAUCAACGGCCAUAUUCUCAGACUCAAGUACUGCGACACCUGUUUCCUCUAUCGUCCUCCUCGCGCCUCUCAUUGCUCCAUUUGCAAUAACUGCGUCGAGAGGUUCGAUCAUCAUUGUCCAUGGGUUGGCCAAUGCAUUGGAAUCAGAAAUUAUCGGUUCUUCAUCCUGUUUAUAUCCUCCGCCACCACAUUGUGCGUUUUCGUCUUCACAUUCUCAUUGAUGAAUCUUCUCCGAGGACCUCCCAGAAAUGCUUGGAAAGUUAUGUUGGAAGACAUUGUCUCUGUUGCUUUGGUCAUUUAUUGCUUCAUAGCUGUAUGGUUCGUAGGAGGACUCACUGUCUUUCAUUUCUACUUGAUGAGCAGAAACCAGACAACUUAUGAGAAUUUUCGAUAUCGAUAUGAUAAGAAAGAAAACCCUUUCAACAGAGGAUUUGUAAGGAAUCUCAAAGAAAUCUUCUGUACCAGUAUACCACGUCCUGCUAUCAAUUUCAGAGCAUGGGCGGUGGAAGAUGACGACGAUUUAAAUAGAGCAUCGUCGGUUUUCCACCAUUUUAACAGGGGAACAAAAGACCCAAAAGAUAAACAAUUCAUAGAUAUGGAUGGUAUUUUUGCCAACGACGGUGCUGGUUCGGAUUAUGGAGAAGAAGAUUUGAAGAAGAAGAAUAAGAAAUAAACAAGUGGAGAUGAAGAACAAGAGUACAAUCAUUAUCACAAGCAUGAGAAGAGAUGAGUAUGAAUGAAUUUGUUCGAAAUUAUAUAGGUCUUCAUUUGCUUUGAUUUUGUGAUACAACAAAUUGAUUA